AUGGACCUACUCCAGGAGACCAUAUUCUGUGAUUCUGCGAUGGAUUCUGAGACACUACAAGAGACGGUUAAUCCUCGCAUGUCCGAUCCAAAUAGUGGAGGGCUGGAACAAGGGACUUACAGAAUCCUUCCAGUUGAAGGCAAAGAGAGCGAGGAGGUGCAGCGCAGAGGGCAUCUUGUAACAAUUCUACACAAAAUCGGCCAACAGUAUUACUUGAAUUUCAACAGUCCGGCUCAACGUCUAGGAGAUUGCUUGGGGCCGGAACGCGUCGCCGCAUCCGUGGUUUGGGAGGAGAUUAAAGGUGGAAUUUUGGAUAUGGUCGCGGAGUCGAGAAGGGGUUGGCUUGCUUGGGUGCCUGUCAGUCAGCGUGUCCGUCCGUCGCCUGCCGAGACAGCCCAGAAUAAAAAAAGGAUUGCCAGCACAAGCUGCGUAGACAAUAGGCGGCAGACAAGUCAAUCCAUUCCAAAGAGAACUCGAGGACACCUAGCAAAAGAGCGUACAGUACUAGACGUACAAACCAUGCCUAGCUUGGGGGGCGUUCAAGAGCACUAUGAAAAGGGAAGGUCACAGACCAAAAAGACGAGAAUAAGCAAUAGACCAAUAAAUCAAGUAAAAAAGAAAUCGCACGAAAACGAUAUCGUUAGGGUGAAUGAGGCUUUGUCAAACCAGUACAAGGGCUCUCAGAGCACCGCCAGCCGACUCAAGGACGAAAAGGAAUCUAGGACUUUAGUUCUGUCCAUUGUUUCCUUGGUUGUCUCCUCCUUGGUUGUUGGUGUCGGCUGCUGGGUCUGUGGGGACGUUGUUGUCACCUCCUGGGGUCUGAGCACCAUUGUCGCCAUUGUUCUGGUUAUCACCGUUGCCGUUGUUGCCGUUCUCGGGGGUAGGAAGGAAGAUUGCUCGGGAGCAGCAGACUCGGUGGCACUAGCAGCUUCAGUCGAAGUCUCGGAAGCGGACGACGACGAAUCAUUAGCACCUAGCGGUGUUCGAGUUGGAAGCAGAGGAGCAAUCCUCGAGAGCACCGUGUUGAGCGUUGCUGACAAGAGCGACUUGAUGGUUCGCAGCAGUGUUGAUAGAGCACAUGCGGUAGACACCAGCGGGCAAGCCAUUGGUGACGGUAGCACUAAGAAUAUCACCCUGAGCGGCAUCAUUGAAGCCCUUGAAGAAAGCAAAGCGGGUGGGGUCAACGGGCUCGGUGGUCUGCAAGUCGGGAAUGUUUUGGAUGGUGACGUGACUGUGACCGACGAGGAUGCCUUGGUCGUUGACUUGCUGAGGAGCAGAGUAGUAGUUUGUCUGGGCGUUGACAAAGUUACCGGUGACCAAGUUCAAGAUCUUCAUCUGGACGGUGAAGGCUUGGUUCUCGACGAGGCUUUCGUCUCCGUUCUUGGGGAAGACGAACUUGCUGCGGGGGGCGACGUCAAGACUGACGAUACGGCCCAUCGGGGUCUGGCUGCAAGAGCCAGUGGCGAUUUGCUGACCAUUGGUGAGGGGAACACCUUGGUCGAGAGCAAUGAGGCAGUGCACUCGAGCUUACAAGUUGUUGCUGGAGGUGGCCGAGCGAACUUGUGCGGGAUCGGGGUUGUCACCCUGACCAUCUUGCUUCAAGCCUUGAGAGAUGACGGCGGGAUCAAGAGCUACAGUUUCCAGGAAAUAAUAGACAAGUCAGUAACCGGGGUAUCGGCUGGAUACAGCCGUGCCGAGUGA